ACGCUGCAGGGUCGAGUCGGGUAGCAGCAGCUCUACGAAUGCUGCAGCGAGCUAGCUUGUCUCGACUUCUCUACUCCCCCGAUCACGCGUGUAAUUUUUAAGACCAUGGACCGCCACAGUCUUCUCUACCAAUCCCUGAUCUUCUCCGUAGUCACCAUAGCGCUGAUCCGCGUCCUGAAGCUCUUCCUGACGACAAGAGCGCCUAAGGUGAGGCUCCCGCCGGGGCCGGGGAAGCUGCCGGUCAUCGGGAGCAUGCACCACCUCAUGAACGCGCUCCCGCAUCGCGCGCUACGGGACCUCGCCCGCGUUCACGGCCCGCUCAUGAUGCUGCAGCUAGGCGGGACGCCACUGGUGGUCGUGUCGUCCAAGGAGAUGGCGCGCAAGGUGCUCAAGACGCACGACGCCAACUUCGCCAACCGCGCCAGGCUCCUGGGCGGCGACAUCGUGCUCUACGGCUGGUCGGACAUAGUCUUCUCGCCGACCGGGGAAUACUGGCGCAAGCUCCGGCAGCUUUGUAUCGCCGAGAUCCUCGGCCCAAAGCGUGUGCUCACCUUCCGCCACAUAAGGGAACAAGAGAUGGCGGCUGAGGUGGCAAGGAUACGAGCGGCCGGGCCAUCCACGCCGGUGGAACUCAACGCAAUGUUCAUCAACUUGGCCAACACCAUCGUCGCCCGUGCAUCGUUUGGCAAUGUGCAGGGGAACGCCGAAAACUUCCUGUCGGCAAUCAGUGCUGGCGUUGUCUUGACGAGCGGGUUCACGGUCCCCGACCUCUUCCCGACCUGGAGACCCGUGCUCGCCGCAGUGACCGGCAUGCGCCAUGCCCUCGAGCAAGUCCACAGGACGGUGGACACCACCCUCCAGGGCAUGAUAAAGGAGAGGAGACGCAUCCGGGGCACCAAGCGGCAGGGCGAGCAGGACGAGAACCUGGUUGACGUUCUCCUCGGCUUGCAAGAGAGAGGAGGCCUGGGGUUCAAUCUAACUGAGAACAGCAUUAAGGCCGUAUUGUUCGACAUGUUCUCGGCUGGAUCGGGGACAUUAGCAGCAUCGCUUAGCUGGGGCAUGUCAGAGCUGAUGCUGAACAAGAGAGCCAUGAGCAAGCUGCAGGGCGAGAUCCGGCAGGCAUUCCAUGGCAAGGCGACGGUGACCGAAGCCGACAUCCAGGCAAGCAGCCUCCCCUACCUGAAGCUCGUCAUAAAAGAGACACUCCGGCUGCAUCCGCCGGCCCCGCUCCUGGUGCCCAGAGAGAGCAUCGAAGCCUGCGAGAUCGAGGGCUACACGGUUCCAGCCAGGUCCCGUGUCGUUGUGAAUGUGUGGGCGAUUGGGAGGGACCCAAAGUGCUGGGAUGACGCCGAUGAGUUCAAGCCCGAGCGCUUCGAGGAUGGCAUGGUGGAUUUCAAUGGGACCUGCUACGAGUACCUGCCGUUCGGUGCAGGAAGGAGGAUGUGCCCCGGCAUCGCCUACGCGCUCCCCGUCAUGGAGACGAUGCUCGUCCAGCUUCUCUAUCACUUCGACUGGUUGCUGCCGGAUGGUGUGAGCGAGCUGGACAUGGCGGAGAUGCGUGGCCUUGGAGCCCGUCGUAAGUCGCCGCUCCUGCUCUGCGCCACACCAUUCGCCAUUCCCGAAUCUACGACUUCUGAAGUACCCCGCUGAGGAAGCUACAAGUACAUAUGUACAGGUUACUUUUGUCUGUGCAUGUCCAAUAAUGUUGCCCUUAUCCUGCAGACCGUCGUUUCAAUUUGUGUUCUUUCUGAAGAAGAGAGGUGUUAUGUGAAUUAUGGGUCCUAAACUCAGACUACUUGGUGGAUAUUUGUUGAUUAUAUAAAUAAGUACAAACUUUUGCUUAUGAUAAUGUAUUUUGUGUUCAUAGAGCCUUUAUGCUCAUAUGGACAUUUUAAAUUUAGUGCGUUCUUCAGUGAUCCACCGUUGAGAUGGAAUGAGUUAAAUAAAAGCUAGUCGGU